AUGUAACAGGAAGAGAGAAGAAUAACAAAAGAUUAUCUUAAAAAACUUUUAAGAAAGGAAUUCAAACUAUAUUAUACAACUCCUGAGCUUAACGAUUGUCUUUAUCUGCAUUAUAAAGGGUUUGAUAAGAUUGAAAAUUUAGAAGAGUUUACAGGAUUAAAAGUAAUUUACUUGGAAGGAAAUGGUUUAAAUAAUAUAGAAGGUAUAUUGAUUCAAUUAUCAUAGGACUUGAUUGUUUGACUUCCCUAAAAUGUUUAUAUUUAUAGGAGAACAUCAUUAGAAAAAUUGAAAACUUACACAUGUUAACUGAGUUAAUUAAUUUAAAUCUAAGUGAUAAUAUGAUAACCAAGAUUGAAGGGUAUGAAAAAUCAAUUUAAAUAUAUAGGUUGGAAUAAUGCUAAAAAUUAUAGACUCUUUAAAUCAAAAGAAACAGAAUUGGGUUGAAUGGACUAAGUGAUUUGGAAGGAUUAUUAUGUCUAACCAAUUUAUCAGUUUUGGAUGUAUCAGAUAAUAAAAUAGAUGACCCAAAUAUUUUAGAUGAAAUAUUUUUAAAAAUGCCUCAAUUAUCAGUAUUAUAUUUCUAAAAUAAUACUGCUGGGAAGUAAAUUCAACAUUAUCGAAAAACUCUUAUAAGUAGAAUAAAAACUUUAAAAUAUUUGGAUGACAGACCUGUUUUUGAUGAUGAAAGGAGUAAGAUUAUUAGAUAUAAUAAAUUUAGGAUUUGCUGAGGCCUUUGCAAAAGGAGGAUUAGAUUUAGAGAGAGAAGAAAGAUAAAAGUAUAAAAAAGAGUAGGAGGAGGAACAUAUGAGAUAACAUUAAAAUUUUAAAGACAUGAUUCGUAAAUAUAGAGAAGAAUAAUAAUAAUAAUAAGAAUAAUAAUAAUAAUAAGAAUAAUAAUAAGUAGAUAAUGGUUCUGAUAAUGAAGAACCUUCACAUUUAUCAACUUACAAUACUUAAUCUAAUGCUAGCGAUGCAAGAUCAUCUGCAUAACAAUCUGCUCAACAUUCAGAUAAGCAAUCUGAUAAUCAAUCUGAUAAUAAUUCAAGAAUUGCUGAUGGACAUAGUGAACAUCGGAGUUUAGAUGGAGAUUAGAAAAGUAUUGAUGGAGCUAGUGAACAUGGCAGUGAAUAAGUAGAGAUUAAUGUAAUUGGGAAUUUUGGGCAACCAACUCAACUUGAUGAAAUUGAUUGAU